UUAGGGGGAUUUUUUCAGUGCUGGCGAUCGAUGAGUUUUGGGCAUUUCGGGGUCUUUGCGGUAGCUAAAGGGACCGAUUUCAACUGCGCCUAACUGGUUAUCGAGCCCAAUGAGUCGAUUAUUUACCUUUUUAAGGUUGCAGUGACGUACUAGUGAUACGCUUCGUUUGGCUCCUUGUUGCCCUCUAUUGUCGUAAUUAUUGGUGGUUUGUGCUUCCAUCCAUCCAUCCAUCCUUUCAUGCACAUGAACUUCAAUUAUGAUGGAUGAUGGUAAAUAGAGGGUAUUGACAUUCUACUUGACCAUGUACUUCAAUUAUGAUGAAUGGAUUCCACAAACAAAUUCAAUUAAGAAGACCCACCCAUCUGUCCAUAUGCUGUUCAGUCGCUUAGAAUGGGUGCAUUGAUGUGGAUUGCGAUUGUAGCAUGGAGCUUAACAAACUGAGAUCUGAAUUGAACUGUUCCACAUUGUAGAAGUGUGGGUAUAGUUUGAUUACAUCCUAACAGAUAUGUGUAGUUUUUCUGUUGAUAUGUGGAUAAUCUUCAGACCCUUGAUUGAAAUCAUAAAAACACAUCAACAGUUUGGCAAAAUAUAAGGGAUUUGUAACAGGGAAGUAGGAAUUGCUUGGAAUGAUUGGGUACUGAUUUGUAGUCCAUCUGUUACUGAUAUUCACAAACUGUUAGAGAAGGUGCUUGGUGUCAAAAUUGGUCUACUACUGACUCGUGAUUCAUUCAGAACCCUCUAUCAAAGUUUCAUCACCUUCUAUGGAUACUCCCUCUGUUCCAAAUUGUUGGUCGUUUUGGCUUUUCUAGAUACAUAGGAAAAACUAUGUAUCUAGAAAAGUCAAAACGACCUACGAUUUGAAAUGCAGGGACUAGUUAGUAGUGAUAAAACUGGACAAUUGAGACAUGGAAUAAGUAUGAUUCUUAUUUAACUUCUUACCAGCAUCUGCCAGAAGACUCUAGAUAUUUUUCCAGCAGAGGACAUGCACUAAAUGCUGAGGUCACAUUACCCCCCAAAAGAAAACAACAUUGUAAAGUUGCUUGUUGUAAUGCCUAUUCGAUUGGACAGAAUAUGCCAAGCUUGGUCUAAUCACAAUAUAUCAGAACUAAGGCUCCGGGCCUAGUGGUUCUUCUUACGGUUUGAAAAGCUGACUUUGGGUGUAAAAUUAGUUGCUAGUUGCUUUAUAUGUGGAAAUCUGUGCAGUAUUGUUUUGUGUUUCUUUUAAUGAUUAUGUUUUCAGAAAAUUUAGGAGAGUUCUAUUGGCACAACAUCCUAAGAUUCCUUGAAAAUAAUUGACUUUCACCUGUUUUCGAACUAUCAAAUUGUUGUUAUGGUUUUAAGUCUUAUUUUCACUAUGCAUCUUUGUUCUUUACCAUUAUCUUCUUCCUUUUUGUCAAUAGUCAAAGCUUAUACUUCUGUUUCAACAAUGGGAUUACUUCAGAAUGAUACCCUAAGGCAUGAACUUGGCCUUUCCAUCUGGAAAGUGAGAAGAUGGCUUCACGAGCAAUCGCUAGGAGAAGGAAAUAUCUUUUGGAACAUGUUAACACACCUAUCCUCUCAUCUUCCUCUACUUUCCAACAUGGAAGAAUUGGUUUGGAGGCUGAGCCAAGAACAUCACAGCAAUUUCUGGAUCAAAGCUCUGGGGACUCAAAAUCUGAGAAGGGCCAAUAUAGUGUGAAUUUGACUAAGAGGAACUUGGCAGGUCUUGCUAAUGGGUUUCUGCGACGCCCAGCUCAUGGGAUAUCUCUUUCUUAUUGUGGAAUUGGAAACAAUGACUUCGGGUUGCCGUUGAGAGCUAGAUCUAUGCUGCAGUCAUUCCACACAUCAUCAACUGCAACUGCAGGGCAACCGAAGUUGGAUAUUGAUAGUGAACAUAGUGAGGAUCAAAAGCAAAAUACAAAGAAAAAAAAGGCAUCCCCAGAAGAAUGUGAUCAAGCUGUGGAAGGUCUUAGCACUGUAAAAGCUAAAGCCAAAGCUAAGCAGGUACCAGAAUCUCUGAAGGCUAGCCAAUCAGUCGUACAGAAAUUCUGGGCAAGGCUUCUGGGUAUUGGCCCUGCUCUGCGAGCUAUUGCUUCAAUGAGCAGGGCUGAUUGGGCUGCAAAGCUUAAGCAUUGGAAGGAUGAAUUUGUUUCUACACUGCAGCAUUAUUGGUUAGGGACAAAACUACUCUGGGCCGAUGUUAGGAUCUCAUCAAGAUUGCUGGUGAAACUUGCUGGUGGAAAAAGCCUUUCUAGAAGAGAGAGGCGACAGCUGACACGCACAACAGCUGAUAUCUUCAGGCUGGUACCAUUUGCUGUGUUCAUAAUUGUUCCUUUCAUGGAAUUCUUACUGCCAGUGUUCCUCAAGUUAUUUCCAAACAUGCUGCCAUCAACUUUCCAGGACAAAAUGAAAGAAGAGGAAGCAUUGAAAAGGAAACUAAAAGCAAGGAUGGAAUAUGCAAAAUUUUUGCAAGAUACAGCAAAAGAAAUGGCAAAGGAAGUUCAAACAUCACGUAGUGGAGACAUAAAACAGACAGCUGAAGAUCUAGAUGAGUUUUUGAACAAGGUUAGGAGAGGUGAACAUGUCUCGAAUGACGAAAUCUUGAGCUUCGCGAAGCUUUUCAAUGAUGAACUUACUUUGGAUAAUAUGAGCAGACCACGCCUGGUAAAUAUGUGCAAAUAUAUGGGUAUCCGACCUUUUGGUACAGACAACUACUUGAGGUUCAUGCUUCGCAAAAAACUGCAAGACAUUAAGAAGGAUGAUAAGAUGAUUCAAGCUGAGGGUGUUGAGUCUCUUUCUGAAGAGGAGCUUCGGCAAGCCUGCCGGGAACGUGGUCUCCUAGGUUUGCUGUCAACCGAAGAGAUGCGACAACAGCUCCGAGACUGGUUGGAUCUCUCACUAAAUCAUUCUGUGCCAUCUUCACUUCUCAUACUUUCAAGAGCUUUUACUGUAUCCGGUAAAGUGAAACCUGAGGAGGCUGUUGUAGCAACACUAUCGUCACUACCAGAUGAAGUUGUGGAUACAGUUGGGACAGUACUGCCAUCUGAAGAUUCUGUUUCAGAGAGGAGGAGAAAACUGGAAUUCCUUGAGAUGCAGGAAGAACUUAUCAAGGAGGAAGAGAAAAAGAAGGAGAAAGAAGAAAAAGCAAAACAAGAGAAAGAAGAGAAGGCAAAGCUCAAAGAACCAGAUGGUGCCUCUGAAGAUUUAGCUUUGAAGGAAAUGACUGAAGCUACUGCUAGGGAAGAAGAAGAACUGCAAAAGGAAAAACAGCAUGACAAGGAGAAACUCUGUAAUAUUAGCCAAGCAUUGGCAGUGCUCGCAUCUGCAUCCUCUGUAAGUAAGGAGCGCCAAGAGUUCCUGGGCCUUGUCAACAAGGAGAUAGAACUAUAUAACUCCAUGCUCGAAAAGGAGGGCACAGAGGGUGAAGAAGAAGUUAAGAGAGCAUACAUAGCUGCCAGAGAGGAGUCAGACCACCAGGCUGAGGAGGCUGCUGAAGAAAAAGUCUCAUCAGCACUGAUUGAGAAGGUUGAUGCUAUGCUUCAAGAAUUAGAAAAGGAGAUCGAUGAUGUGGACGCACAAAUAGGAAACCGUUGGCAACUUCUUGAUAGGGACCAUGAUGGCAAGGUGACCCCUGAAGAGGUGGCAGCAGCGGCAGCUUAUCUCAAGGACACAAUAGGAAAGGAAGGAGUCCAAGAGCUCAUCAGCAACCUUUCUAAAGACAAAGAAGGAAAGAUCCAUGUCGAAGACAUUGUGAAGCUAGCAUCACAAACAGAGAACAAUGAAGAGGAAGAGGAAGCACGGCAGUAGCUGGUAGAGGCGUCAAGCAUUUGGAAACAUCAAUCUUAUUUAGAUAGGUGGCGUAUAUAUACUAUUUCAUCAGGCAGAAAGUUCAAGAGAUCUCAGCUACUAAUUGCAGCGUGCUAUGUGCAAAUUGAAAAGCAUUACAUCCAUUUUUUGCGCCUCUGGGCUGACUUCGAUAGGGUGACUUCCAAUUAGUAGUAUAGAGUUGCUGUAAAGAUGUUGACAUGCGUAUGGUUGCAGUGCUGUGGUUCGGCAGGUAAAUCACAACCAAAAUCUCAACUGGUUGCUAUGGAAGUGGAAAUACAGAUCCUCUUAUGGUAUCAUCCAAUAUCGACAUAUUGGAUCUACUUUAAAUUCUUAAGUAACAGUGUGGAUGUUCGGGUAAUGCAUGAUCAGUUUAUGGA